CAAGUGACAGUGCAGUGCGUCAGUAGCAGUGAAAAACAUUUUUGAGGGUAGAACUGCGUGUGAUACAGACAGAUCAGAGUCAGAUAUUUGUCUUUCAAAGACAUCUACUGACUGUCAUAGUACUGCCGCUAGCAUCAGGUAAGACAGAAUCAGUUGAGAAAAUAGUUUGGUAUCGACUAUGGGUUCAGGUAGCAAUGCUUCAUCGAAUCUGGCACUGAGGAAUUGAGUAGUUACUUGGGAGACCUCGCAAUGCAGGAGUUUGGAGCGAAGUGGGCUAGAUUGUAGUACCGGUGCAUGCGGCUAGUACUAGUAGUAGGCUAGAAAACGUGCCGCGUCUCCAUCUCGUUCAUGUGGACUGAAUGUAUGGGUAAGACCUUCGAAUGGUGCGAGAGAAUGAAUAUCACAUCGCCGACGGACAAGCGGAGAAUCCGUUCGUUGACGGCACGUUCCCUUCGCUGAAAUUCAGACUUGCCCCCUUGGCAGUCCAGCACCUAGCAAGCAUGCAAGCAAACCCGGAUGAUGGAGCAACACCGGCACUGGAGAAGCCUGAAGAAAUUGUGGAGGCUAAGCAUGAAGAGUCGCACAGAUACAAUCACAUCAGCGUUGGGUUCUCGGUGCCGGUGAUCGCGAGCAAUGACGCAGAACUUGCAAGCGCCGAUACUGGAGACAGGCCCAGUACAUCCUGUGACCUUAGCCCCGUGGAGAAUGAGGCCGGCGAUGAUAACGCCACUGCUGGUGGUGCGUCACCGAUUGCGGGGAAUAGCCGUGCGACACGCAUGCUACGCAGCUGGCAGGCCAGCUCAAUGCGCCUGACGGGCUAUGAGGAAGAUGAAGCCUUCAGCGGACAGACCUGCAACUCCAGCUUUUCCGGACUGGGGCAUUGGACUGCGGAGUUUAACAAAGCAGCCACGGCAACUGUGAAGAAGCACUUUGAUCAUAUCAAUGACAUUCUGUACAAAGAACCGGAGGAAGGCAUGGAAGGUGAUAGGACGGAGCAGCAAGACGAGUGCCGUCUCUGGUCAACCAACUUCCCACAUUGGCAAGCAAAGGGUGUUGGCAUUGGAGGUGACAUAGAUGAGGAGGAGUUGAGGUGUGUCUCAUCACCAAGGGCAGCCUCAAGUGCUCAAGGUCUUGCCAGAGUAGGAUCAACGAAUCGCAGAAGAGGCAGUGCAAGUGCAAAGGCACGGCUUGAAGUUCACGGAGCGCCUGUGACUGUCCAUGUACCGAAAGAACUGACUGAGGAUGGUGGUGGCAGCAUUGAGGAAAUAUUCGCAACUGACGGACUCGUGGAAGACUUCGUAGCCCUCGAUAUCAGGGAUGGCAGUACGCGGUCACUGGUUGACCUGUCUGAAUCCAAUGCAGCAAAUUCUCAGACCAUCACUCCGGUGAACUGCAUACGUGCAUCUGCGUUUUUUGAAGUCGUCGACCUGUGUGUGCUGGAGUUGCAAAGGUCCACCGUGCAGCUAAUGAACUUCAUGAGAGACAAAUCGACAAGGUUCAGAGUUGAAGCUGCUGCAGUUUCCUCCGAAGCAUGUGUGCCCAACUUUCGCGGAAAGCAGAGAACGAGGAAGAAUCCCAGAGCACCACUGCAACACAUAUCCUUGGAUGAUAUUCAGAUAUCUCCCUCUGUGCCGAUUGGCUAUCAACCGGGUGUCAUGGCGACAAAGCCGGAGAAGAGUCUUCAGCACCUGAUGACGAUCAAGUCCUGUGCUCUUCAGCUGCGCACUGGGUCCAGUACACAACUAAUACGUGAGGAAACACCAACAGUUCCGACUCGUAUGGAGCAGAAUGCAGUGGCACAGCGUCAGUUGACCACGCCACUGCAUAUUCACAAGAUGUCACUGCAAGCCAGUCGCCAUCCAAUGGAAUCGGCUACAUCACACGGCCUGCCUACUGACAUGGCCGGAGAUCUGACUCCCGUGAACAGCACACUUGUGGGCCCAGAGGAAUCACGGCAUCCUCCCCCCGCCGGUGGUCAGCGUGACUUAACGGUGUUCGAGUCCGCAGCCGCUGGACCCGCUAAUCUGCCUAGACCCCAGCCCCGGCCUGCAUUUGGGUCAUGGACAGGUCAUGAUAGAACAGCUCCACUGCAAAUAGCUCCAGCAGCUUCAGCAUCAAUGAAGCCACUGCCUGCAUCUGGCAAGAAAAGGCACUUGUUGAAGCCGCUUGAUCGUGCCAAGACACCGCUCACGAACCCAAUGGAUAUGGAUGUCACACGGGAGGUGUUGCGUGGACACAAGCUUUCUUUACAGGGUGUUCGAGUAGGCACUGCGCGGGACAUAAGCUCUGCUCUUCAGCUGACCAACAUCCCUCAGCCGCUGAGAUCCUACCUCGGAGAUGAUCUCCAGCCCCAGCACAGGCCUGUCACGGCCCUUCCCAGUAUCUCCGUUGACAAGCCGUCCCUCAAGUCGGCGCAGACCUUCCUACCCAGCACCAAGCUACCAGAUCUGAAGAUAAACGGUACCCGAGUCAACUUGAGUGCACACAACACGAAAUUCUUCAAAAGGCGCCAGAUGGCCGCUGCAGAGAGCUCAGAGCAUGCGAACAAGUCUUCUCCGAGGCAAAGCCACCUAGUCAGCUUGCCGUCGCUAGUAGCAUCAGCAGAGCUGGGGACAAUGGACCCUGUUCCGGCUACAUCAGUGCUGCCGGCGACAAGUGCAAUGCGUGGUUCAAUGCUACCCCCUAUUGAAGUGUCAUCCAACCUUACCGGCCAUGAGCUGCCAGGAACAUCACCACCACCUCGGCGCUCCAGUGCGAAAAAUCGUGUCCACUUCGGACAAGUGCAAGGCCGCGAAGGCAGCUUCUCGCCGAAACAGGGCCGCUCCAAUAAUCUGGCCGACAACCGCCCGAGCACUAUACAUGGAAUGAGGGACUUGUCCAAGUCGGGGCGGAAAGUGACUCCUCAAGAUCUCCAGUCAGCAAUCAAGAUCAGGGGUCAGAGCACUGCAUCUACUAGCCAGUUCUCAGCGCAGCAUGGCGCCCACGGCCACUAUGUACUACCAGGAGCAGCAGGAGCCAGUAAACCGGACUGGACGCGGGCAUUAUCCCCAAGUAGCCUUUCCAUUCAACAGCUCAAUCCGAAUGUGGAUGAAGAUGAGGAUGGAGACCACGUCAGCAACAUGCAGACAUCGCUUUGGGUCAAUGCCAGUGCAGCACCCGUCGCUCAUUCUCAGAGAGGCCGCAAUCGCCACAAGAAACCAGGAACAGACUGAGGAGACUGAUUGUGCACUAGUUCGAGAGAUGCUUUCCCCGCAGAGUUGUCCAAUUACAGACAAUUUCUGUUUGUUGGGGAUGAGCUUGAUUCGCCAAUACCUACCUUGAGAACUUUGAUCAUGCUAUCUAUUCAGCUGGGAACCAUCAACCUUAUUAUGCCAUUUUUGAAUGUUCGAAUUCGAGACGUCCUGGAUCCUUUAUUACCCACACCAGCACACACACACACACACACACACACACACACACACACACACACACACACACACACACACACACACACACACACACACACACACAUGCACACACACACACACGCACACACAUGUCUGUGCAGACUUAUUGGAGUAUUUUCAUCCUGCAAAGUAUUCUGAAGUAUGGCAAAGAAGAGUUUUUAUGACUGUGGGACUGACAAGGG